AUGAAAAGUGUAAUUGAACUAUUGAACAAAUGCAAUUAUUCAAAAAGGCGAAUCCAUGAUUUUGGACAAAUUUAAGAUGGAAUCCUAUUUGCAUAAUUGGAAGAUGAAUUCUUUAAAACCGACUUGAAACAACAUCUCUGGAACUUGAUUAUAACUCAUUUGUAAAGGAUAAGAAGAAAUCAUAACCUAUAUACUAAAGAAUUUAAAGAAGAUAUUGCUAAUUCUGAUUGUAAUGAAGAAUUAGCUAAGUUUAUCAAAUAUUUUCUAGAAACUAUUUUUUAUGUAAAUAAAGAGGAGGCCAUUUACUAUAUGAAAUAAUGUACAGUUAAUUAGUAAGAAGAGAUAGUAUAAUUUUUGUAAAAUGAUUUAUUGGAAUCAAAUAGUCUAUAAGACUUAGGACCAUGUGAGUUUUAAACAACAAACACCAUUAUAUCACUUGAAGAAAACUUGUAUAGCAAGGAUAAUAUCAUCAUUUAAUAAACUAAAUAAAUUGAGUAGUUGAAAUAUGAUUAUCAAAAUAUCUUAGAUGAUAUGAAAACUAAAAUUGAUAUGCAUGAAGAAACAAUCGAUAAAUUAACAGCUCAAGCUAAUUUUUUCUUAGAAAAGGUCAUUUGUGAUGAUUUUGAAGAAGCAUGUUAUAAAUUUCAAGAAUUUGCAAAAGAUUAAGAAAAAAAUAAAAAGUAAAUUGAAGAACUUAACAAUUUAGUGUAAAAUUAAUAAACUGAAAUUUUGAACAAAAGGAAGAAAAAUUAAAAAUUGAAAUCAUAAUUAUCAUCUAAUCAACCUACUGAAAGAGCAUCAUUAGAUUAUGAAACUACAGAUCAAAAAGAUUCUUCUGAAACUAGAACAAUUGAACUUCUUAAAAAGGAAAUUCAAAAUUAAAAGGAUGAAAAUCUAAAACUUUUGAGUAAACAAGCUGAAUAUGAAUAAUAAAUUAGUAAGUUUAGAAAAAAAUUAUACGAAUAAGAACAAGAAACUGCUUAAUAUAAAAAGAAGAUGGAAAAGUACAAAUUAGAAUUAGAUGAUUAUUUAAAUUCAAAUUAAGAAAAAAGGACAUUUUUAGAUAAUCAUAGACCUUAAGGGUUAUUGUCUUCUAAUACCAGCUAGAUUAUAGAAAUAGAAUAAAAAUUUGGGGUGUCCCCACAGUUAAAUGGCUUUGACAUUAAUUAAUCAUUAAUUAGGUAUGAACAUCCUGUUAGCUAUAUCAAUUAAUCUUUUAAAAGUCCUGAUGAAAAUAAUGUAGCCAAGCUUUAAUUACAGAUAGCAGAGAAAAAUAAUAAAAUUGCCAAUUUAGAAAAAUAAAUCAAUGUAAUUUAACACGGAACUCAUUCAAGGGGAGGCUCUUUGACAAAGUUCACCCAAAUGUAAUAGGAAAGACAUGCUGAAUACUCAAAUUUAUUAGAAAAUAUUGGUUUUUAUAUAUAGUAUACUAGAAUAAAAGACUAAGAAGUCAAACAAAUAAAAGAGUAAUAAAAUGAAAAUUUCUAAACAAUUUGUCGGUAAUUAAUCUAAUAGAAUCGAUAAAUAUAGAAAUUGAACGCUCUCAUCUUUGAGUUUCAAAACUAAGAAUAAGUAAAAGAAAAUAGUCAAACGUAAAAUGAAGAUCCAUAAAACUUACAUCAAUAUUAUAUGUAAGCCUUAAAUGAUAAAGAUAAAUUAUUACAAUUAAUAACUACAAUAUUCUAUGAACAUGUAAAAAUUUGA